GUGAAAGUUUCGCGCAUCGGACACUGGCAACGCAGCCGCUCAUAGAGGCCCGCGCCAGAGAUGGCUCCCGUCGGCCGUCUGGCUCUAACCUACCGCACCGCUCGACGAGGAAGCUGCGUCAGCUUCGCUGCCUCGCUUUGCCUGCUGGUGGCCGCGUACCCCUACGUCCGGGUCGCCGCCGCCGCCGCAGUCACGACGUUUGCCACUAACACAUCGCAGGCGCCCAAACAGACAGAAGAGAAUUCAAAUGGGUUAAUAUGUCCAUUAUCACCAGUGAACCGCCCCAUCUUCACCCUACCCUGCAAAACAGAUGCAGACUGCAAAAUACUGGGUGAACAAUGCUGCAAAGUUGAUGGAAAACAUUGGUGCCUGAAGGGAGUGCCUAAACCUAAACCUGUUCCUACUCACACACCUUUCUUAGGAACAUACACAAGAGAAUGCCCAGCAAAUCCAAUACCAGAAACUUUGCCAAUCAAGAACUGCACUCAUGAUCGAGAAUGUUGGCCAAGAAUAUGUUGCCCUGAUGGCCAUGACAACUAUUGUCGAACACCUUUACCGAAAUGGGAAGAAACACCACGUCUUGAACCUUUGAAAGGCAUGGUUGCAUACUUGCAAUGUACCCCACCGCCACCACCUCUCUUUGACCUAUUUCCAAAACCAUGUCGAAAUAUUCUCGACUGUUUUCCUAAUAUUUGUUGUCAAGAGCAGGAGAAAAAGGUGUGUCGCCCAGCCAAAAAGUCCAUGUUAGCACUUUUAGCACAAGUUACACAGGUUAGUAUGAUGACAAUAACAAAAAUAUCAAAAACAGAAAAAGUAUGUUGAAAUAUUAAAAUUUAUUUCCAGAGAAUUGGAUCCGGUUAAACAAAUGCAACAUAAUAAUUUACAUAUUUGAAGAUUCCUGACGCUUAAGCAGCAGCAGUGAACACCAAUGAAAAAUCAGUCGAGCUAGAAACAAAAAUGUAUCUUAAUAUCACAGUUACAGAACAUUUUAUUAUAAUAGGAACUGAAUGUUUAUACUAUGUAUUACCUUUUUAAAUCCAAUAUCAUGAGAAUACUCUCUGAAACACUGGCGGCAGAUGUUCAAGCCAUACUUUCGGAUCAAUCCAUGGCCAUUAGCACAUGCUCGGCUGCAACGAGAAUUUACCAUAUAAUCAAAAUAACAGCUGGGCAAUGUUUUCAAAGACUUUAAAUAUACUACAUGAACUAAAAAGUUUAAACAAAUUUGUCUAUACAUUUGUAAAAUGUACAUUUUGUAAAUAUCUCAAAUAUUAAAUUCAAUUAUGCAAACAACCUAUAUUUAUCCAUUCAACUGAUUCACAACCUUGUACAAUGUACAUUUCAGUUAGUAAUUGAAUAAUUUAUAUUUUUAUUCAACUUUUAUGCCAGUGUCAAAAAAGCUAACUCGCCAACAUUAAUUGAAGGUAAACCAGAAGUCGGAUCAGGAUAUCCAAGUUUUAGGUUUACGAACUUAAACUUCCGAGGCAAAACCCAUAUUGUACUAAGCUUCUAAAACAUGACCAAGGGGAAACUACCUUUUAAAUUCCCAAAUAUAUAACAGGUUUAUUCAAAACAAUUUACAUUCUACACUGAAGAAUCUUGCAAAACAAACAUUCUGGAACUAUUUGGUUGCACAAGUAUCACAGCUCACCAAUUUUAAGUACGCAUCUUCUACACAAUGAGAACUUUAUGCUUGUGCAAGACAAAUCGACAUUAUCAACUUAACUUUAGAAAAACUGAAACAGUAAUGAUGAAAAAGUACAUGAGUACUAUCAUUUUGGAGGUUAAUCUCAACACUAAUAAGAUGUAACUCGUCCUCUAACACUGUCAAGUCUACAGUAAAAAUAUUCCCAGCAUAAAAGGUAAAUAAAUUACAUUCUUAUAUUACUUGCAACAAAGCUGCCGUUCUUAAUUUAAUACUGAACACGUUCUAAUAAUAUGUGCAAGACACUUCUGCAACUUAACCACUUACAAAAGGCAGCCAUGCAAUUGAAGAAAACGCGUUGGGAAAUAUCACCUACAGUUAUUCCCACAUCCCACAAAGCAGAAGCAUGAGAAUACAGAAAAGGCAUAUACAUCACAGACCUCCAAGCUCCAGCAUGCACAAGUAAAAGUAUCAGAAUGAAACCAAUAUUGCAAGGACCAAGAAAAAACAUUUACAUUACAAAUACGCAACAAAAAGCGAACAGAACAUUUCUCAAUAUUCAAAAACGUUCACACCGAAGCAAAAAGUAGAUUUAUUGCAAAAAACACAUUAUACAAAUUCUUAAAUUUGGCACAUUUCAUAAAUUCAAAUUCAAAAGAAAGACCAUUACAACAUUGUUAAAUGUUCUGAUCAAACUACCACUCUCAUUCUAGGAUUUUGGAUCUUCAAAAAAUCGAUGUCAACACAAACAUUUUAAGGAGUAUCAAUUUCUAAAAAGGCAUACAAAUAAUACCCAUUAUCUAAUAUUCAACACAAAAUGUUGCCAUUUAGGACUUUAUACUGAAAAUGUAAAUAACAGCGUUUUCGCAAAUGUUGAUAAAGAAAUUACUUUGCAGAAUGAUGCCACCGACCCGGAAAUGCCAUUCUUUUAAUCAACCCAUCAUUCUGACACUAGUUUACGUGAGAUUAUUUUGGCUAAUAUCGUGCAGUUGAACCAACAUGUACAUAAAUAAACUAAGAAGGUUUGCCCUAGUAUGCACUGAAGUACAUAGGUACAUUAGUGUGUCAAUUUAUCAAAUGGUUAGGAAAAUUUCUAAUUUCAAUUACAUACAAGAUGCGAGUACGGCAUGUACUUACGCACGUGGUUUUGAUUUCCUUAAAAAAUACUUACCAUGACCUGGAACCUUGUCCGUAUUUCCUUGGGUGAGAAUACCAAAUAUUUUGGAAACCCAUUUUG